AUGGCGCGGUCGAACUUCUUGUCUGUCGAUCUCUCCGUACCCAGCGUGACAGCCCUCGUCUGGGGUUGGAAAGCUGGGGGAGACUGGGGAGGGACGGUGACCCGAAGGAACGUGGCAUCACCUCCACACCCUCCCGUAGUCGACACCAGCAACCUCAACCCAUUGAUCAGAAGACAGAAACGAAGCCGUCUAACUCGGUUGUGCGGCGCACAUGGAGCCACCGUGCAUAUCACGCUUGUCAGGGAACUAGUCAACUCCCCCUUUACCCCUUCCCCUGCCGCAGCAGACUUGCUUCUAGCCUCCAGUCUUGACAUUUGCAAGAAGCGCACCACAGGCUGCCCUACAGUGACUAACGCCCGCACAUACCCUUCGACACACAUCAGAAGCAUGUUCAGGCCACAAUGUACACGGCAUGUUGGCCAUUGUCCUACCCUCCGACCAUGCUCUCAUACAGAGGUCGGAUGGUGA